AUGGAUUGCCAACUCAUUCAAGAAUUUGUUGUGGUUGCAAAGAAGAUAUGGUGGAGAAGGAAUAGCUUUAUCUUUAAAGGCUCUUUUGUUCACCCGAAUGCUAUUAUCAAGGAAGCAAGAAGUCUCUUGGAGAUGCUAAAUGAGGAGAGUUCCAACCAGGACAGUGUGCAAACUUGCAACUCAGAUAUGGAUUGGCAGGCUCCCCCAUCAAACUGGAUCAAGAUGAAUUGGGAUAGUGCAGUAGACAAGGCCAAAGGAAUUAUUGGAGUGGGAGUAGCAGUGAGGGACAAUUUGGGUCAAAUCAUUGCUACCAUGAGGACCAAGAAACACAUCUUCCCCGAUCCAUUACUAGCAGAAGCAUUUGGAGCCCUCAAAACAGUACAGUUUGGUUUGGAGCUUGGGCUAUCUCAAGUGAUCAUUGAAGGGAAUUCUCUAUAA